AUGCCUUCCUCCGCGCCGCCGCUGCUCUCGGGCAAAGACGCCGCCGUCGUCUCCGCCACCUGCGCGGCGCACGGUCUGACGCGCGCCGAGUUUGACGCGCUGCGGGACGGCGCCGUCGCGGCCAAGGCCACGGCCUACUGUCCGUACAGCAAGUUUCGCGUCGGCGCCGCGCUGCUGCCGCUGGGCGCGGGCGCGCAGGCGGCCGUCAUCCCCGGCUGCAACGUCGAGAAUGCGAGCUACCCGGUCGGCAUGUGCGCGGAGCGCGUCGGGCUCGGCGCCGCGGUCGCCCAGGGCGUCACCGCGUUCCGCGCGCUGGCCGUGGCGACGGACAUUUCGCCGCCGGCGAGCCCGUGCGGCAUGUGCAGACAGGCGAUCCGCGAGUUUUGCUCGAGUGACAUGCCUAUUGUCAUGUUUGACAAGAACGAAGACUAUGUUGUAUUAACAGUACAAGAGAUUCUGCCCAUGUCCUUUGGCCCGGACCAGCUGCCGCCGCCCGGCGCGCCCGGCACAUGA